AUUACCGGAAAGGUCCGAGCGUUAUUUCUCUCUCCUUGUUCGUCGCUCUCUCGAUUUCCCAAAUCCAAUCGAAUUCGUUUCAGGAUCAAACAAGGUUAAGGUUAUUUGCUGAUAAUUUCUUGAAGGAGACAUGACAACUGCUGCUAGACCCACAUGGGUACCUGCCAAAGGUGGGAAUGAACAAGGUGGUACUCGGAUUUUUGGCCCAUCUCAGAAGUACUCUUCGAGGGACCUUGCUUCCCAUACUUCACUAAAGCCUAGAAAGGAUGGGCAGGACACUCAGGAUGAGUUGCAGAAGAGAAACCUCCGUGAUGAGCUUGAAGAGCGUGAACGAAGGCACUUCUCAUCAAAGGACAAGUCCUAUGAUGACAGAGAUCGUAGGAAGGGUAGCCAUCUUCUUUUGGAAGGGGCAAAGAGGGAGGCUGAGGACCGAAUUGUUCCACGCAGUGUUGAUGCUGAUGAUUCUGAUGUGGAAGUCGAAAGUGACAAUGAAAGUGAUGAUGACGAUGAUGACGAGGAUGAUGAAGAAGCUCUGUUGGCUGAGCUUGAACGAAUAAAGAAAGAGAAGGCAGAGGAGAAACUCCGUAAGGAAAAACUAGAGCAAGAAGAACAGCUAAAAGCCAAGGAAGCUGAGCUUCUUCGAGGAAAUCCACUGCUCAAUAAUCCAACAUCUUUUGGUGUAAAAAGAAGGUGGGACGAUGAUGUGGUUUUUAAGAACCAGGCCCGUGGUGAAACCAAGACCCAAAAGCGCUUCAUCAAUGACACCGUAAGGAAUGACUUCCACAGGAAAUUCCUGCAGAGAUAUAUGAAGUAAUUCACUUGAAUGCCCAAGCAAUUAGGGAAUUAAGUGAAACUUUUCAUAGUUUGUAAAAUGUGAUGUUCAGUGUCAAACAUAUAUCUCCAAUGGUUUGCUGUUUGCCAUAUAGUAAUGGAUAUGGCACUGAUAAAUGUAUUUCUUGAAUUGGUUAAGACUUUUCAAUGACUGCCUUUACUUUUCAUAGACUUUC